UAGAAGGUGAUAUUUUCAAAUUUUCUCUGUAAUUUCAGGAUCAAAGAAUUCCAGCUGAUGUUGUGUUGUUGAGAACAUCCGAGAAGAGCGGAACUUGCUUCAUUAGAACUGAUCAACUCGAUGGGGAAACUGACUGGAAGUUACGCUUGCCCAUUCAAAGCACACAAAAGUUGGAAGAUGAUCAUGAAGUGUUUGAAAUUGAUGCCAGGGUAUAUGCUGAGAAGCCCCAAAAAGACAUCCAUAGCUUCAUUGGACGCUUUACCAGUGAAUCUGAAGGGUGUGAAUCCCUGAGCCUUGAAAAUACUAUGUGGGCAAACACUGUUUUGGCUCAUGGUACUGCUCUGGGCUUAGUCAUCUAUACAGGUGUUGAAACCAAGUCUGUCAUGAACAACUCCAUGCCUCGCAACAAAAUGGGCCUUAUCGACCUUGAGCUCAAUAAUCUCACAAAACAGAGCUUCACUUCUGAAAUUGGGUUUUUCCUUAGCUUGAGGGUGAAUUUGGAUGUGGGAAAGCUGUAUUAUUCUUCCCUGAUCCAAUGGGACAAAGAGAUCCCUGGAACUGUGGUGAGAUCCACAACAAUCCCAGAAGAAUUGGGUCGCAUUGGCUAUCUUCUAACAGAUAAAACAGGAACACUCACAUGCAACGAGAUGGUGUUCAAAAAACUGCAUAUUGGAAUUGCUUGUUAUUCUGUGAACAAUUUUGAAGAGGUUGGAGAAAUGUUCAGGGAAGGUCUCAAGACGAAAGAAGACCCCCCAGCUGAGGCAGUUAGUCGUGGUGUGCGCAUAAGGUAUCAAACAAUCCAAAAGGUGACAGACAGUGUGAAGGCAAUAGCAUUGUGCCACAAUGUUACACCAACCUACCCUGAGAGUGAUAUCAGUAGUAAUGCAGAAGUAGACCAGGACCUCUCAAGAUCUGGUGUUCGAGACUAUCAGGCAUCCAGCCCUGAUGAAGUAGCUCUGGUACAGUGGACUGAGCAAGUUGGUCUCGCUUUGAUUCAAAGGGAUUUGAAUAGAAUGACUCUUCGUGCUCCUGAUGGCAGCUUCAUGCAUUAUUCAAUUCUACAGCUGUUUCCCUUCACUUCUGAAAGCAAGAGGAUGGGCAUUAUCUUGAAAGAGGAGGAAACAAGUGAGAUAGUGUUUUACCUGAAAGGAGCAGACAUGGUGAUGUCAUCCAAAGUCCAGUAUAGUGAAUGGCUGGAUGAAGAAAUUGAGAACAUGGCAAGAGAAGGCUUAAGGACCUUGGUUGUUGCUCGUAAGGUCCUCACGCCUGAGAAAUAUGAUGAAUUUGCUAAACGAUACCAUGGAGCAAAGCUGUCAACAACUGAAAGGCAAGCACGAGUUGAUGCAGUGAUAGAAGGACUGUUGGAGAAAGAUAUGGAACUGCUCUGUGUCACAGGGGUUGAGGAUAAACUUCAAGAAAAUGUCAAAUUAACCCUAGAGCUUCUCAACAAUGCAGGAGUCAAGGUUUGGAUGCUCACAGGUGACAAACUAGAAACAGCUGCCUGCAUAGCCAAGAGUUCCUGCCUGGUCUCUCGCAAGGAAGAAUUGCACUUUUUCCCUAAAGUCUCCAAUCGUACUGAAGCACAUCUGGAACUGAAUGCAUUCCGAAGGAAAAGUAACUGUGCACUUGUAAUCACUGGCUCAUCGCUUGAGGUCUGCCUACAAUCCUACAAAUCUGAAACACUUGAACUGGCAUGUGCCUGUCCAGCAGUGGUUGUGUGCCGUUGCUCACCAACACAGAAAGCACAGGUUGUGGAGUUAAUCCGGGAGCACACCAGGAAGCGAACUGCUGCCAUUGGUGAUGGGGGGAAUGAUGUUUCCAUGAUCCAGGCUGCUGAUGCUGGUAUUGGCAUUGUUGGCAAGGAAGGACGUCAGGCUUCCUUAGCAGCUGAUUUCUCUCUCACUCAAUUCAGCCACAUUGGGCGCCUCUUGCUGGUGCAUGGACGUUACAGCUACAAACGUACAGCUGCAUUGAGUCAGUUUGUGAUACAUCGAGGAUUGAUCAUCUCUGUGAUGCAAGCAGUCUUCUCUGCUGUUUUCUUUUUCUCAUCUGUUGCUCUCUAUCAAGGCAUCCUCAUGGUUGGGUAUGCAACUCUCUACACGAACUUCCCAGUGUUCUCCCUUGUACUUGACAAAGAUGUCACUCCAUCUGUGGCACUCACAUACCCAGAGCUUUACAAAAUGCUGUCAAAGGGCAGGUCUCUAUCCCUAAAGACAUUCUUCAUAUGGGUGUUGAUAAGUGUAUAUCAAGCUCUACUCCUGUUUGAAGCAGAGUUCAUCCACAUUGUGUCUAUCAGCUUCACAGCUCUGAUUUUUACUGAGCUUGCCAUGGUGGCGCUGACAGUAUGUCGCUGGCACUACUUGAUGGCUGUAGCUCAAUUGCUCUCCCUCAUCACAUAUAUUGUUUCCAUGUUUUUCUUCACUGACAUCUUUGAUCCAAACUUCUUAUGGAGUGUGGAAUUCCUGUGGAAGACAAUUGUCUUGACAGUUGUCAGUUGUGUUCCUUUGGCCAUGGUCAAGUUCAUCAAGGGAAAGAUAUCACCACCCACUUACACCAAACUAUCCCAACAAGGAGAUAUGGAUGCCAAGGAAGACACCAGGGACAUGAUUACUCCAUCUGAUGUGGAAGGGGAGGUGACUGCUGAAAAUAUCCCCAGAACACAGAAUGCCCCCGGAACCCACUGGCUGUUGGCGUCCUUCAUGGUCGUCAAUGCAGCUUUGGGUGCUGGACUCUUGAAUUUUCCUCAGGCAUUUGAUCAUGCUGGUGGCAUCAAGGCUGCCAUAAUCAUUCAAGCAUGUCAUGUGAGUGCAAUUCCCAUAUACUCUUGCAUCAAGAAGAGGAGUGUUUCCACAUUUGCAAGGAGUAUUGGAUUAGCUUUAUCCCUCUGCAUUCUCACAUAUUCCCUUGCUGGAACUUUUGGUUACCUCACAUUUGGGUCUGGAGUGGCCAGUGAUAUCCUCAUCAUGUAUGAUGCCAAGGAUCCCUUGGUCAUCAUUGGUAUCACUGCAUUGGCCAUCAAAAUGUACACCACAUACCCCAUCCUCUUGUUUUGUGGCAGAGAAGCAAUACUAGAUCUUUAUUAUGAGGUGUACCCUCUUGCAAGUCUGUCUGGGAACAAUCAGAAACAUCGAAUCUUGGUGGCAACCACAUGGUUCCUGACAUCUCUUCUCUUGGCUGUCCUCAUACCAAACAUCACUGACAUCAUUGACUUCCUUGGCAGCCUUGCAGCUGUUUUCAUAUUCAUCCUUCCUGGACUCUUCCUCCUGCAUAUGACUUUAAAUGGAAACGAUCAUCCAGGAACUUUUUCAUGGUGGAAAAUCAUAUUGGCAUCAGUCUCCAUCACCCUUGGAACGUUUUUAUUUGGCUUGGUAUUUGUGCAAGCUGUUGAGGAAGACCUGUCUCAUCGUUCGGAAGGCAUCCAGUUAUGCAUCUGAUUCUGUGUAUGAAUGUGUGCUGAAAUGCACAUUACUCAGGUUGUUAAUUUUGCUAUGUAUGUGCCUGACUUGAUCACAUGAUCUGAUGAUACUCCAGUUUAGACAAAAUAAAUUUGAAAUUCAAUUUGUACACUUUCA